AAUAAUGAUAAAUAAUUGAAAAUAAAAUUUGUCAUGACAAUCUUAACAGAUUAGACUUCAAUUAUUAGACCGUAAUCGUUAUAAAGUACAUUAAUAAUGCAACCCAUAAUUAAUUAUUCAACCGUAGUUAACAUGCAACUAAAAAUAUUGACGGUUUUCAUACAAGCGAAGCCAGCGUAGUACAAAAUAUUACUUUAAUUGAAGCUAUUGUAUAAUCGCGAAAACGUGAGACCAUGAAAUUGUUUCAUCCUUUCAACGUUUACGACGAAUCAUGGUUAUUACUGGGUGUAAUUAAACUUUUAGGUUUAUAUCCCAUAAAAUUUUUUAGAACCAUGUAUACAGAUUACAUAUACGUGAUUAUAUUAUUGAUAUUGUAUGCGAAUCUUUAUUUAUGUCUAAGGAAUAACACCAGUGAUAUGAUUAACAUAUUUCUUCCUCUAAAUGAAACAUUCAUAGUUAGAGUAAUUCGAUUAUACACAAACUUGGUUUUGUUUCCCGUAAUGAUGAUUUCAAGUAUACGUCAAAGUUCAAAAAUAAAGGAAACAUUCGGACAAAUUGAUUUCAUUGACACGAACGUGAAAUUUUUAAAUACAGAAAUCGAUCAUGUUUUGCCUAUGAAAUAUGAUAUCGUUAUGAUUACUAGUACAGUGUUUGCGCAAAUAAUGUUUAACUUAGUGGAUUAUUAUGGACUAUUAGAUAAUGAUUCAAAUUAUAUGUACGUUUUGUGGUGGAUAUUCAAUCAAAUACCAGAUUUCGUCAAUGUUAUAAUAAUAUGUUCGUUUGUCGUGUUAAUGAGUAAAAUUAAAUUCAGAUUCCGACAAGUAAAGUUGAUAUUAGAUGUUAUUACUAAAGGACAGCGUUUUUAUUUUAUAUCCGAGACGACGGAUAUGAAUGAAGAUUUUAGAUAUAAACUUUUGAAGUGGCUCCAUUCUGAAUUACGCAGAAUAGUCUCAGUUCUGAACGAAGCGUAUGAAUUUCGUUUUAAAAUUCUAUUAUUCGCAUACAUUUCAUAUGUCUGUUUUCAUAUGUGCAUUCUAUAUAAAAAUUCUUACGAUCCGUAUUACGCGAUUGAUACUAUAAUAACAGUUUUAUGCGGCACAUUCGACUUAAUUAAACUCGUUUACUUAAUUCAUCUACACCGCAAUCUGACGUUAGAGUAAAUUCGAAGAAUAAAGACACGAAUGCAGUAGGAACAAAUAAUUGAAAUAUGGAGCACAGAACGAGAAUUACAAUCUUCUUGAAUUAAGCGCUUUUGUAUAUACCAACUGAUCAGCUUUAAAAUUACAGGACGCGUGUUCUCUCCAAUAGCUCUCAAUGUUUCACGUGUUAACAAGUAAUUAUUUAAUAUAUUCACUUGCUACGAUUAAUUACACAAUCCUGUUCUAAUA